ACGAGUUCCACCGCAUAAUUAUUGUCUCGACUGAUGACAAACUUGAGUUGAACAGCUACUGAAUCAUUUUGUAAUAAUCCUUUAAUAUUUCGUUGGCAUAGAUUCAAGAUUCUCUUAUUAUUUAAAGAGAAAGAUUGCAAGACUUUGAGGUGGAAUCUUUUAAAAAAAUUCUAUGAGUAAUAUUUAAUUAGCGGACAUUAUGCAGCUAUAUUCCUCUGAAAGUGAAUCAGACGAAUCGCAAUAUUGGGUUGACUGGUUUUUGGGGCUUAAGGGCAAUGAGUUUUUUUGCGAAGUAGAUGAAGAUUUUAUUCAAGACCGAUUUAAUUUGACUGGAUUGAGUCAGGAAGUUCCUCAAUACUCUCAUGCUAUAGAUUUAAUUUUGGACGUUUUGGAUCCUGAUUUAUCUGAAGAAAUUCAGGAUGAAGUGGAAGCUAGCGCCCGCCAUCUGUAUGGCCUUAUUCAUGCCCGUUAUAUUUUAACAGCUCAAGGAUUGUACAAAAUGCUUGAAAAAUUCAAAAAGUGUGAUUUCGGUCAUUGUCCUCGUGUUUUGUGCAACGGUCAGCCCAUGCUACCAGUGGGUCUCUCUGACAUUCCUCAUACAAAAUCGGUAAAGCUUUACUGUGCACGAUGUGAGGAUGUGUACACCCCAAAAUCUCAACGGCAUGCUUCCAUCGACGGUGCCUACUUUGGUACCUCUUUCCCCCAUAUGCUGUUCCAGGUUUAUCCUGAAUUGGCAGUCCCAAAGUCCCAUGAAAGAUACAUCCCUCGUAUAUUUGGAUUUAAAGUGCAUGCUUACUCAGGAAUAUAUCGGAAACAAGACAACUACAAGGAGAAGCAAAAAAAACGUCUUCAAGGGGAUAGUGCUGAUUCUAAAGAAGAAAACGCCGUGACCUAAGAUAUUGCGACUUCUUGUAUAUACUGUCUCUUUUAUUGUUUCUAAUUAUUGAAAGUGUUGAAGCUAGAAACUCCUCACGCAUGGUAUUAAUUUGCUAUACUUAGCUGUGCGUAGAGUGUAAUACCUACAGAAAAAAGAAAAGGGAAAAUUUAUUGUAUCUUUUGAUGUUUAAUAAAUUUCUUUACAUGAUUUUUGAUUUGAUAAAAACUAUUUGAUAUAUUCUAUUAAUAAAGGAU